CUCAACAAUAUUCAUCAUGAAAAGAGGUGAAAGUGCUGGAGGUGGGCAGAGUUCCUUGGGCUAUCUCUUUGGUUCCGAUAAAAACGAUAAUAAUUCAGAAAACAAGCCGCCACCGCCAUCUCCGACAGCUUGUCUGCCGCCAUAUGGUACUGAUAUUGGCGACAACAAGCCGCCUGAAAUCCCUAAUUCCCCAUCUCUGAACAAAGGAGUGUCGGGCCGCCAAAAUUAUGGAAACAUCACUGGUCGGCCAUCGACUAGGGUUACCUCUGCACCAGGUGGAGACUCGUCUCUCGGCUACUUGUUCAGUGAUAAGUCUUGAAAUCCGACACUUCAAUUGAUUACAUGAAAUUGAAGAGGGACUAGAAGUCUAGAAUAAAGCCUAAGGGAGAUUUGAUUUCAUGUAUUGUGAUGCAAGAUUUGCUAUAUAACUAUGUUGUGUGUGGUUUAUUAAAUUAGGGUUUGUGGGUUUUGCUUGGGGUACUUGUGACUUGUGGAUUAUUAUUAUUAUUUGUUGGCUAAUUUUAUUUUGUAAUUAUGAUGGUUAUAUCAGCUUCUUAAGUCAAGCUAGCUAGGGUUAUUUUGAUCAUCCAUCAAAUUGGGGUACGUUUAAUUAGAGUUGAAUCAUCUUCCAUAUUGAUUUUAAUUUGGAAACCCUAGCUAGCUUGGAGGUGUGUAAGAUUUGGCUUUCUAAGGUUUGCAUAAUACGGGGUUUGUUUGUUUUUCGUGUUUAUAUUAAAUUGGC